AGUAGGGGUAUGUAUGCCCGGAAGACAAGAGAGUGAUCAUAAGAGAGAAUGUUAUUGAGAACUGUGCUGGAACGUUGUACAAACUUCCCUCACUGAAUUGUCAAUAUGCGGCAAUUUCUUUGACUAAGGAUGCACAAUGUCUGGGUGAUAGGUGUUUGGUCUACUAAUGGUGAUUUGCUGUGAUUUUGUGGCUAAUUUAAUUCAUAAUGAGCUGCAGUAAAGAUGAGCUAGAGUUACGGGAACUACGCGAAUGGCUAACCAAGGAAGUUCAUUUGGAUCGAUACUUUGAUAAGCUCACAGAGCACGGUUUUUGCUCACUGCGUCUUAUAAAGGAUCUCUCAGAAGAGGAUUUAGAUGAUCUUAAUAUCAGACCUCCGUAUCAUCGUAAACGGCUGCUUAAAUUUUGUAGCGAACUCGGUGAACAAGAUAAUGUUGCAGCAACUUCUGCGACGGAAUCCGUCGAAACAGGAAGUGAGAAAGCGAUAGCAAGUCCUGCGGAAUCUGCACCAGAGAUUGAUAAUAAGCCCUGUGCAGACGAUACUCAAGAUGAAAACUUGGAGACUAGUUCUUCAUUAGUUAAUGAGUGUAGGGAUAGUGAUUUCGUGCCACCUCCGUUGCCACCUCCGUUGCCUCCAAAAGAAAAACAGAAGAAAGGCAACGGAGAAGUUGCGAGGGAAAGGCCGAGCGUGCCCGAUCGGGAGUCAUCACUAAAACGAGAACAAAAUCAAAUUGAGAGCACAAACACUGAUGCUGGGAUAACAAGUGAUUCAGGAACCAAAUUACAACAACCUUCGGUAUUGUCUGAGGUUGACAAUGUUGUCUCUGUGGAACCAGGGCUUCCCCAAUUGCCCUCCUCAAACAAGAAAAAGUUAGCACCUCCUUUACCCAAACAUGUGGUAUCUCCUGUCAAAAGAACAAAUAAAGUCAAAGCUCCACCCCCGAUUCCACCAAGGUCUGAUUUGGAAGUCAAUAGCCAGGAUGUUCCUAAAGUGGCGUCAGAAUCUAUAGAGUCUAAAGAGUCGGAUUCAAAUGUUAUUGUUAAUGAUCAAUUUGAGGAAGUUGUGUCUGAGGUUUCAAAUGUAGAGACAAGCCGUACUUCAACACCAUCGCCACCACAAGGGGAGGUUGUAGAAAAUGAAACCAGAUCAGUAAGUCCAAAAUCUUCAAGACCUCUGGCUAGGUCCAGGCCUGCAAAACCUCCAAGGAAGCACAUUGAGAAAAGAAGAGAGUCAGGAAACAGUGAAACUGAGGAAAUAGAAACAAGUGAGGGCAUUUCAUCAGAGAAUGAUGGAGUUGCUGAAAGGGUUACAACUGGGGUCAUAGGGGAUUCAGCAUCAGUUAAAGAGGAAGCUGUGUUUCCAAGAAAUGGAAAAGAAAAACCUGAGGAGACUGAGGAAGAGGGUCCAAUUUAUGGUAAUGUUUCUACCACAAGCAAGCCUUUGGCACCACCUGAGGAGAAAGAGGAAGAGUGUUCAAUUUAUGGAAAUAUUUCUACCACAAGCACACCUGUGGCACCCCCUCCAACACCACCUACACGAGGGGGCUCAACGAAGAGACCUCUGCCGACGCCUAGGCCUCCUGUUACUCUCAGAAACAAAUCAGUCCCUGGUCCAAAUCAAAAACAGCCUGCACAGCCCUAUAGGCAUUCUAUGGUAUCUGAACGGUUUGCUGGGAACCCUUUCCUGUCCAACUUGGAAAAACAGCUAGAUGCAGCCAGUGAUAUAAAGAAAUCAAGGUCUCUAGACAGACCAGCAAACUUUGCACAAGGCGUUCAUGACAUUACAAAUUCUAGUGAGUCUUCAUCUAAAGAGGAAUGUAGAGUGGAAGAGCCCCCAUCAAAAGCACCUCUUGCCAGGUUGGAAAGUGCCAGUGACCUUAUGUUGCCGAAAAGAGGAGAUGGUAAUUUGAAGACUACUAACACAGCUGAUGGUAAUAACUAUGCUGAAGCUCAUCAUUCAUACGAGCGAUUGAUUGAAAAGCCAAUUGCCUCUAAAGCAGACCUAGUAACAGACUCCACUUAUGAUUUAAUGGGGGGUACUGGGGUCACGAACCCUGUCCCAGUUGAUGAUAAUUAUUCUCAAGUAUAUGAUCAAGUGGACAUACAGAAUUCCACUUCUGAGGCUGGUACGUAUGAGUCAAUAGAAGCUAUUAAGCCAGCUUCGCCUGUUUAUGACCGAGUAGACCAUCCUAGGCUAGAGCGUAAAGCUGGGAGAAGAGGUGCGCACCCAUCCAAAUUAUUCUCUGUCGUUGGUCCAGGCUUGGGAGGCAAAAGUAGGGAGUCGCAAGCAAUCAAUAAUGAAAUGCUCAAGAAAAUCAGUGCCAUGGCUGGAGGCCGAGCAGGAGAAGAAUUGUUUGACUAUGAGAGUGAUGAGUCAGCAGACGACUUGGUUGAUGAAGUACCUGAGAGAAAGCCAAGAGGUGACAGUACUGAUAGCCUUGGAACCUCACCUGCUCAAGCUGCAGCAGGCCCAAGAAAUCUCCGUUCAACAAGUGGUUAUUUGUACAAACAAGGAGGGCGACAGAACAACAAAGGCUGGAAAAAGAGGUGGUUUGUCUUUGAUGGGACCUCUCUCAAAUACUACACAAACAAGGAUUCCCAGGAGUCUCUUCACAUCAUUCCUGUGACGCAGAUGAAGGAUGUUUUGGUUGAGCCUGGUGAAACUAGAAAGGCCCGUUUCAACCUAAUAACUGGGAACCGUGUUUUUAUGCUUGCCUCAGACACCAUGACGGACAUGAACCUGUGGGCCCAGACUUUAAUGGCUGCUAUUCUUCAAUAUAAGGCUGAUGAUUCUGUUAAGAAGCCUGGAGGUACCAUGAGUGAUCCAGACAAAGAGGGCUGGUUAAAGAAACAGGGCCACAACAUGAUGGGUGAUUGGAAAAGAAGAUAUGUUGCCAUAAAGGGAGGGUCGAUCUGUUACUAUGACACAUACGACGACUUUCAGUUCGAGACCCCUAUUCAUUCCAUUGAGGCUCAGCUUGCAAGUGUUAAACAAGACCCAAACCACCGAAACCGAUUUAAUAUCAUCACAUCACAAAAGACAUUCAGUUUCCAGGUGGAGAAUGACUUCGAAGUGAGCUCAUGGAUUGAAGCAGUACAGAGAGCCAUUCAGAUUGGUCUCAGUGACCCUGCAGUUUUAGAAUAUGUAUUCACAAAUCCAAGCAACAGAAAAUGCGCUGACUGCGGCAACAAAGAUCCUUAUCCUCACGCCUCAGUCAACCAUUUUGUUUGCAUCUGUGGAAAUUGUUGUGGUUCCCACAGAAGCUUGGGCUCAAACAUCUCCAAGCCUCGGUCUCUUCUUAUGGACAAGAAAAUAUGGAAUGACGAUCUGAAAGAGUUAAUGGUCAAGAUCGGCAAUGAAAAUGCUAACAAGCUUCUCGAGUUCAAGAUCCCGGAUGACGACAGGAUAAGACCGGAUGCGGACAGUGCAAAGAGAAGAGAGUUCAUCUGCGCAAAAUACGAAUACAAGAAAUACGGCAAGAUCCUACCAGAGUACGGCAAUGUGGACGCCUUGGGGCAGGCAUUACGCGAGUCUGUUCAGACAGAUGACGUCAUGAGGACCUUUGAACUGAUUAUCAACAGAGUCAAUGUAAAGUACGUGCCAACAGAUAGCGAGGACCAACGAACUCCGCUUGAGCUCGCAGUGGCUGCUGGGAAGAAUCUACAGGCUGAGCUUCUGCGGCAGAACGGGGCUGAUAGUGAGUCGGAUGACACCUUCACCCCAAUCGUAGACAUCACCGAACCGCCGAGUUACGAGGUGGUUUCGUCUCCGCCGGUGGACACGUUUGAAAGAUCGGGAUACCUGUAUCGCAAAGAAGGAGCGAUGAAGAAGCGAUGGUUUACGUUCAAAGAUCGUCAGCUUAAGUACUUCCGCGGGUGUGGCGACAAGGAACCAAUGGGCGUGAUCGAUCUGGCCAACGUGACGUCACUCACAAUGAAUACUAAUGAGGGGACCUUGCUAUUGGAGAUUGUCACAUUCGAUAAAACACACAUACUGAAGGGCGAAACCGACGAAGAGCUGGAGGCCUGGUUUACAGCAUUACGAAACAAGCAGGUGUUCAAGGUGCACAUCAGCCUGCAAGAACUCGGGUCUGACGGCAUCCCGCACAUUGUGGCGAACUGCCUGCAGUUCAUUGAGACUUACGGUCUCCAAGCUGAAGGGAUCUACAGAGUGCCUGGUAGCCAGGCCAAGAUGAGAGCUCUCGCCCUUGCAUUCAAUCAAGCACCAAGUCACGUGAUGCUGACUUUAGACGAUUACAGCGUCAAUGAAGUCACGGGAACCCUGAAGAAGUAUCUGCGAGAGCUACCUGAGCCCGUCAUUCCCAGCAAUCUGUACCAGCGGUUCAUUGAUGUCUCUCGGAUCCUAGAUCACGAAACGAAGCUCAUCAGUAUGAAGUCCGUGAUCCAGCAGCUGCCGAAAGUCAACUACGAUACGCUCAAACGGAUCAUUGGUCACUUCACCAAGGUCGUCGCAGAGCAGCAAGUUAACCUUAUGGGAAUCGAGAACAUCUCCGUGAUCUUUGGCCCGACUCUUAUGUCCAACGAUAAUACUGGACGGAUGGACGACAGUCCAAUCAAUCAAGAGUAUAAGACGAUUGGCGACAUGAUUACCUUCUACCAGUGGCUUUUCGAUGUUGGCGAGAAGGAACUGAUUAAAGACCAGUUGAUGGAAAACGCGAUGAGGAAAAUCACCCAGCUGCGGGAGGGUGCGACCGCUGGACAGCCCCAGGAAUUCACGCUAGACGUGUACGUGGAGCAAAAAAGCGACAACCCGUGUCUUUUGAAGGUUUCUAAUGCUAUGAGUGCUAUGGAGCUUUGCGAGAAUGUCGUUGCCAAUAAAGGACUGGCACUAGAAACAGAUUGGGCGCUCUUUGAAGUGAUUGGAAAGGGAAACCUAGAGCGUGCAUUCCAAGUCCAUGAGAAGGUCUUACCGGCCGUGAUUCGCUGGGGCGAGCUCGGGGAAUUGAGCAAGGACAACUACUUGAUAAUCAAGCCGAAUCACAUUGCCGAGAGCAUUCAACCAUUCGUUGGCACCUCAUUGACGCGCGAAGGGAUGCUGCACGUGCGGGAUCCCGAGAAGAGAAAGGACUGGAAACCAUUGAAUGUUAUCCUCAAGAACGGCUACAUGGCCGUCGACAAGAGUAAGUCCUUCUUCAAGUCUAUCAAGUCGGACAAAUCGGACACGGACCAGUGGUCGCUUACCAAUCUGCUAGUUUAUUUAGGCGUGCCGGCCGAGAAACAGACGAAGGGAGUCGACACGAGCUGUGGCUUUACUGUUGUCGUGAAGGCAGAGGGAUCAGGAAAUAUCAUCAGGUUCCUAUGCGCCAAAGAUAAGGACGACAUGUAUCGCUGGGUGGCGGCUAUUCUUUCUAUGAAGCACCCUACAGGAAUAUGGAAUGACCCGACCGCUCGAGAGCCCCGAGCCACUGUUCGAAAGGCCCAGGAAUCGCAGAUUUAUCUCGGCAGGCAGUCUCGCUUCUUGAGAAGAGAGGGUUCCACCAAACACAUCCUUGAAGAGAUUCGCCAGAAACAGAAGUCUCUACGGCGAUCAACAGAGCUCCCGGAGUAAACCAGAUUGAUCCCGGAGUAAACCAGAUUGAUCCCGGAGUAAACCAGAUUGAUCCCGGAGUAAACCAGAUUUAUCCCGGGGUAAACCAGAUUGAUCCCGGAGUAAACCAGAUUGAUCCCGGGGUAAACCAGAUUGAUCCCGGGGUAAACCAGAUUGAUCCUGGAGUAAACCAGAUUGAUCCCGGGGUAAACCAGAUUGAUCCCAGGGUAAAUCGGAUUGAUCCCGGAGUAAAUCGGAUUGAUCCCGGAGUAAAUCGGAUUGAUCCCGGAGUAAAUCGGAUUGAUCCCGGAGUAAAUCGGAUUGAUCCCGGAGUAAAUCGGAAUGAUCCCGGAGUAAACCAGAUUGAUCCCGGAGUAAAUCGGAUUGAUCCCAGGGUAAACCAGAUUGAUCCCGGAGUAAAUCGGAUUGAUCCCGGGGUAAACCAGAUUGAUCCCGGAGUAAAUCGGAUUGAUCCCGGAGUAAACCAGAUUGAUCCCGGAGUAAAUUGGAUUGAUCCCGGGUAAACCUGAUCCCGGAGUAAACCAGAUUAAUGCCGGAGUAAACCAGAUUGAUCCCGGGGCAAACCAGAUUCCUGGAGCAGGUCACUUAAACUCCGUGACUGAUGCAAUAAACCAAUAGCAGCACCCGUUUAGGCGGCAAUGUUCGCGUCACCUAUUGUGUUUAUAGUAGUAUUGACGCUUCGAUUCGAAUUGCGUCUAGCGUAGACAAACCAGGAAUAUUUUCCAUGAGUGCCCCAAGGUUGUGUAAGGGUUAUAUGUAAUGAACUCUGGAUUCUACUUGUGUGACAAGCUGUGACUCUUCUAGUGCCACAAAAAUCAUUUGAAAUUUGAUGUACAUUUUAGUAGCAAAAAACUGUAAAAUCUAAUUCACCCUGCAACACAAACGGCUCCAUUUUAAUAGUUUCACACAAGCCGGCUCCAAAGUAUCUAAAUUGGAAGUUUCCACCUGGCCGGCCGCGUGGGCUUGGGGCCGAGGGGUACUUCGUAUCGAAAACACCAUAAUCUCUGGUGUGACGUUUUGUGAGAAAUGUUUUCGAGAAGACAAGGGGGGGGGGGGGGGGUGAGAUUUUCAACCUAAUUUACAUCAUUUACGGCAAUUCGCCCCUUCCCAGACAGGAAUUUUCAAAGAUCUUAAAAAUCUUAAAAAUACAAUUUAGAAUUUCUGGUAGAAUUGCCAUCAUGCUUACGCUUAAUGAUUUAAGAGAAAAUAUAUGGACUUUUAAAUAGAAAUUCCGAGAAUUAUGUACAAAGUCGAUAAUGAAUAAUUUCAAAAGAAAAAAUAAGAAAUGGAGACAUGUAACUUUAGUAUUUAGUAGUUAGUAUUUUUAUGUGUUCGUGUUGCAAGUAAAGAUUUAUAGCUUUUUUAA